AUAAAGAUAUAUUCUAAACUAACAUAAUACCAUUUCUAUAUCCCUGUUUUAUAGCAAAACAUACAUCCUGACCAUGUUCAUUCUUCUUGCCCUGGCGCCCAACCCUGCCCAUUUGCCAUCCUAACCCAUCGCCUCUUGCACGUCCAUCCAUUCCCCAGGAUAUAAAAUACCAAACAUCCACCCAUGGUUGAUUGCUAUAGCCUCGUAUCCUCGGUAUUCCAUUCCGGACUGACGUCGAAAAACGCCAUCAUGACUGCAGUCCGUUCACCUAGGUAUAAAAAGCAGCGACGUCUAGUGCUCCAUAUCAACAUAGGUUAAAGGUUUUGCCGCUUAAUCAUCGACGAAAUCACCAGAAGAAAUCAAAAUGUCGUUCGAUCCAUCUCAAGGAAACCCAGACAACUUCACCAUCAGACCUGGGGAUCAAAUCUCGCGGAUCAGUCGUAAGGGCGGGUCGAAUAUCAACCAGGAAAACACGGAUCUCCUGAGACGAGUAAACGACUUGCGUACCGCGCAAAAAACAAGCUCCCAGAAGGGACCACGGCGACGACGUUCUCCCACGCCGUCACGAAAAUCCCGUGCGAGCUCUGGGUCUGGGGCACGCCGCCGGUCGUCCCAAUCCCAGUCUCGUUCUCGUUCUCGGGCUACUUCUCAAUCUCGUUCGCGUCGUUUCUCCUCUUGAGGAGUUGAUAGACACCAUCAUGCUUUUUUGGACGAUGUCUUUUGUAACAUAUUGUACGAUAUGCAAGAUAGAACGAGAUUGUAUAUAUUGACUGGUUUUUGAAGCCAGUACAUGCCCAUUGCGUGGUGUAUGUCAUCAUGAAGCAUGAGGAAUUCUAUUGGAUAAUUUGAUAGGUGAAGAGGUUGUCGAUAAAAACAAUAUAUUGCAGA